AAAGAAUUUUCCCCCUUUGCAGCAUCAGUAGCACAGCGCCAGCCUGCGUCCAAUGUACGGUGGUUCGGCCUGUAGUUUUUUUUGGUAACAGGAUACGCACCAGGACCAGCAAAUAAGGAAAACUACACACAGCCGUUGAUCGGGGGAUUUUUUCAAGAGGGAAUUGCAGGGCGACAUCCAUUCGUGUAAAAAGGAGGACAAGACAGGUAUAAACUCGGAGUAUUUCACGGCCGCGCAUAUCCGGAUUCUUGGCUGUCGUGGCGUACCGCAUUCCUCUAGACUUCCACCAGUCGCGGCAGGAUGUCAGCUCGAGGAGGAAAGAAGAAGGCCACCAAAAUGUCCCGCUCGGCCAGGGCGGGAGUCAUUUUCCCGGUGGGCCGGAUGAUGCGCUACCUGCGCACCAGCACGCACAAGUACCGCAUCGGCAUGGGCGCACCGGUCUACAUGGCAGCAGUUAUCGAAUAUCUAGCAGCUGAGAUCCUCGAAUUGGCUGGGAACGCGGCACGAGACAAUAAGAAGGGCAGAAUCACCCCGAGGCACAUCAAGCUAGCGGUGGCCAACGACGAGGAGCUCAACCAGCUCCUAAAGGGAGUCACCAUCUCCAACGGAGGCGUCCUGCCUCGCAUCCACCCGGAGCUGCUGUCCAAAAAGAGGGGCAACCGUGUGAAGGUGGACGCCCAGGUGGUGAUGCCGGAGAAGAGAGAAGCGCGCUCCAAGAGCCCAAAGAAGCCCGCCGUCAAGAAGGGCAAGGGGAAACCAGGUCGCAAGCCCAGGAACACGGAUAAUGACAAAGAGGCGGUGCCAAACUCCACGGUAGAGGACGGCCCGGGAGACGGCUUCACCAUCCUGUCCGCCAAGAGCCUCUUCCUGGGCCAGAAGCUCUCCCUCACAGAGAGCGAGAUCAGCAAGAUCGGCUCCAUCAAGGUGGAGGGAAUCAUCAACCCCACCAACGCAGAGAUGGACCUGAAAGAAGGAGUGGGUAGCGCCCUGGAGAAGGCUGGGGGUCGGGAGUUCCUGGAUGGGGUGAAGGAGCUCCGGAAAGCCCAGGGUCCCCUGGAGGUAGCGUCAGUGGCUGUGAGCCAGGCCAGCGGUAUGCCCGCCCGCUUCGUCAUCCACUGCAACGUCCCAACUUGGGGCUCGGAGAAGUGCGAGGACCAGCUAGAAAAGACGGUGAAAAACUGCCUCUCCGCAGCCGAGGAGAAGAAACUCAAGUCUGUCGCCUUCCCAUCACUGCCCACCGGACGGAACGGAUUCCCCAAGCAGACGGCAGCCCAGCUCAUUCUGAAAGCCAUCUCCAACCAUUUUGUGUCGUCCAGUUCGUCCUCCCUGAAAAACAUUUACUUUGUUCUGUUCGACAGCGAGAGCAUCGGGAUUUACCUUCAGGAAAUGGCCAAGUUGGACGCCAAAUGAGGACCAAGCCGAAGGAUUGUGCUUUGUCGUUUUUUCGACAGAGCGAAGAAGUGUUUUUUUUUUUCUUACUGUUGUAGUCGUAUUAUAAGAUUGUUCCGGGAGGGGGAUGGAUGUAUUUUUCUUUUUUGUUUUUUUAACGGGGGUAGACAUGUGAUGAGCGAAUAGGCUUGAUGAGGACUCAGUGCCUCAGUAGGUGUUAACAAGAAAAAAAAAGUUUGUGAGUGGAAUAUUGUUCGCAUUUAUGUUUUCCUGUCGUUUUUUCAAUCUUUAUAGACUAGACAAUUUUAUCUGUAAACAUUAUCAUGGCACUCCCUCAUCUAACUGACCUUUUUACAUUCCAUGUAUGAAGACACUGGUCUUUUUCCCCACCCCCAUGGACAAUUCUCUGUAGUUUCUGAUACAGUUAGUUUAAUACGAAAAAAAAAAAAGAUUGUGUUUCUCAUUCUGCUUUAAAUAAAAAUCCAGAUGUUUUACACCAGA